AUGAUCCAACAGUCUAUGAAGAUCAUACAACAGGAGGCCAAUAUUACAGCCGCGGCGUUCAUCUACAGUCCUGAACGUUCUGAAAAAUUGCUACCAAGUGAUAGUUAUUUAACUCUAACUUUUGUCCUGGCCAUGCCAUUGGGUAGACCUCUGACACCAUUUGAACGCCUCACAAAACCAUUUCGUUACAUUAUUUGGUCAUGCUUCAGUUCGAGUUUUCUCUUCGGCAUUCUUUGUAUAUAUUAUAUCAAAUUUCUAGGGAGAUCACGACUAAUGCUAUUCAUAUAUGGUCAAGGUAAUCGUAUACCCUUUACCAAUCUGCUGAGCACCUUAUUCGGAGGUACGAUGUUCGGUCAAAUGCCACAGAGAAAUUUCGCCCGCUACAUCCUGUGCAUUUGGUUAAUGUACACGUUCGUCUUGAGAUCAGCAUAUUCGGGAGCACUGUUUAAAAUUCUUCAAGAUGGUAGUGGUAAAAAUAAUUUACAAACCUUAGAAGAAGUUGUGGCUCAAAAUUAUACCAUCUACACGUCACAGGUUAUGACAUCCGUUAUCAAAUUCGCCUUGCCACAUGCCACUGUGCGGCAAUAUGAUGAAGUAAAUACACUGGAUCGAUUAUUAAAGAUAAUUAGCGAACCGGAUACUAGAGAAAAAAUUGCUCUUUGCCUAUUCGAUUUAACUUUUAAAUAUUACAAUCAAAUGCACCCAACGAGGAGAGUUCAAAUUUUGAAGCAACCCGUUAUGGCAACUCCGAUCAUUUUCUAUAUGCCACGUCAUAGCUAUUUGCGUUUGCAUACAAGCGGCAUCAUUCUGCGUUUGGUCCAAGCGGGACUGAUAAGGCGUUUUGUCAAAUUUAAUGUCUAUGCCACAUCACGUGAUAAUGUACGGACAAGUGAAUAUCUGCCACUAUCGUUAGAUGUUUUAAUUGGCCUCUAUUGGCGACAUUUACGCACUUCCAUUUAUCCACGCAACAACAAUUAA